AUGGAGUAUGCGGGAGCACUCCUCAGCGCGGCCUCCCCAGUGCCAAUACCGAACACUCCUGCUUCACUUUUACCAUAUGUCAAACCCUCGCCAACCGAUCGUUUCGAGGAUAGCGGACCAUUUAAAGCUGAUAUGAUGGCACGCAUGGAGCAGCUUAGCCGCGGUGAUAGGGUACAACCGCCCUGUGACCGGUGCCGACGGCUACAUAUGGAUUGUCUGAAAAACCUGACUGCAUGUAUGGGUUGUACGAAGAAACAUGCAAAAUGCAGCUGGAAAGACGUGGAGGAGCAGGAAUUGAAAGAUCAUCCGUUCAUACUACGUAUUCGUAAGGAGGAAGACGGGAAUAGUGAAGGCGAAGGGAGCCGAAGUGGGGGGGAUGGAUCCAGGAAAAGGCAGUACAGUCAGGAGCGGGGAGUACGAGAUGAGGAACUUUUAGGGGAAGAUACCGGUGAUGAGGAAGGUGAAUUGGUCGAGAAACCUGCGCAGGCGCGACGGUACAGCAGCGUGCAACCCACAUCACCGCCUACCGUUGCGGUUGCAAAGGAGACCCUUCCGGAAAGGAUGGAGGGGUUGCAACCCUGUGCUCAUGCCUCACCUGCGCUAGCCACCCAGUCUACAACGACUGAAGUACGGGAAGAAACCACGAACGUGGACGGUUACAAUGGACGUGCGACUGCUUCGCCACCAAAGCUUCCAAUCUCAGACCCAGAUAUCGACCUGAUUUAUAGCACAUCAAGGGAUACAGCCCACACAUCGCCUACCCCAGCACCCAGUUAUCAAGCGCCAGAAGCCAACAUGCAUCGGCACAAAGCCAACGGCGUUACGUCCUACUCGGAACCAAAAAAGGGGAACAUUUACACCCAAUUCAACAGUGCUACGCGCCAAGACCUACCAAAGCCAGCCCAAGACAAGCCUUCAUGGGUCUACACCGCCGGCAGUGAGCCCGUACAACCUGUAACAAAAGCAGUGGACGAACCUCAACGGUCGCCAGAACCACAGGUGUCAAACUCCUCAACACAGGCCACGAUGGAGCAGAGCCACCAUGAUGAACAUGAAGAGAAGAGGGAACAUUCACCGCCGCCAAUGCCAAGAGAGACUUUGCAAAGGCCGCCAUCGUCGACGCCUGGUGGGACGGUGCCAGAGAUCGGGGUGCAGAGGAUGGGAGUGCAGAGAAUGGGUAUGCAGACAUGA